GGUACAGGUGGAGCUGGAGCGAACCCUAUCAUGGCUGAUUUGUGUGAUUCACUUUUUCUCACGUUUUCGAGGACUUGAAGGAAAGAGAAAGAGUAUAGAGAAGGAUAUAAAGAAGAGGAAUGCAGGUUUCGAGCCAGGAGUCGUUCCCCUCCUUGAUUGGAGUUGGUUUGGUCGCUGAUGUUCUCUCUGAUAUACCUCUCCCAGUCUGUAAAGUCACUCCAUUGGAGGCUACAGUUCUUGGCAAAGGCAGUGAAUUGAAUCUCAACACUCUGAAUAAUUCAGACCCCGCCUUCUCUCAAAAAAUCAACGAAGCGCUUAAGUCUGUCGAUACCAGCUUCCUUAAACUCAAAGUGACUCCUCCUAAUCCCAACAGAUACAAAGCUUACUGCUCCUCAUCUCCAGCUCUCAUUAAAUCCCUAUUGUUUGGCAUGUCACCUCAACCUAAGCUACAGUUGAAGAGAGUGGACACGAGUGGACUCACUCCAACAGGGACACCAGGAGACACACCAACCACUAAGCACCCUCUAAACCCAGAUUCGUUUUUCACUUCUGGUCAAAAGCAGGCUAAUGAUGUUGAUGCCACGCCCAUUCCUUCCAAAAGGAGGCGUGGCUCAUCAAUCCAUUCAUCAGAUCCUUUGAAGAAGAGAGCUAGAAGGCUAUUGGACGAGGAUGAUGAUGAUACUAAAAAUAGUAACAAAGGGAUGGAGCAACUUGUUGUUACUAUAAAUAGAUCCAGUUACGAACAACCGAAAAAGAAAAAACCUAAGAGAGUUUCACAGCCAAAAAGUUCUUUUACUAAUUCUCCCUUUACUGUGUCCAUAUUGAGAUCAAAACUACAGGCUCCUCCUCUCCCCAUUUCUCCUCCUCCUCCUCCCCUCUCUCUCCCUCUUGCUCUCCCCCGACGAUCAAUCGGUUCCAUUAGCGACGGGUUUGAAAUUGCCCCGGGGGUAAAAGACGACCCUCUUCCCCCCCAGAAGAAAAAGAAGAAAGAAAAGAAGAAAAUAAAACUAUCAAGACCACAAGAUCCCACUCAUAUUCUGUACAUACAGCACUACAUGCAGUUCAUUGGAUCAUUACUAGGAGAUCAUUUAGAUUUAUUUAGUAAGCCAGCAGUGUCACAGGUAUUAUCUGAGACUAUCAAAUUAAAGCAAUUGGGGGUGCUACAUGAGGUAAAGCCCUCACUGCUAGUUAAGUUAAUAUCAGUGAUGGAUAAACAUGUACUGGACACUGCAUCACUACUGCUAUCAGUACCACCAGAGGAAGAUGCUGAUCAAAAGCAUUGGAGGGAGACUAACAGAGACCGUAUCUUAAGAUCACUGGAUGCUAGUCUCAUCAUACUACACAUUACCACGUCUCCAAGAGUAUCUGCUGAAGUGCAGUUGGAGGAGUCCAUUGAUCAAGUCAUAUCACAUACUAAGUAUCACCUGGAGAAUAACAUAUAUCCAGAGUUUGAUCUUGUGUAUAGGAAUGAUGGGAAAGCAGGAACUGGUGCUCUUGCCAAGCAGAAGAGACGGUACACCAGUGCCGCCAGUAUAAUGUCCAAUAAAGUCCUCAUGUCAGUUUAUAACAGGAUGGUAGAAGUGAUGGACACGUUAGCACAACUAUUAGGGACCCAGGCACUAACUGACAUGACUGUAUUAAAGUUGUCAGGUUUGGGUAUAUUCCCAUUCUUUGUUGAAAACAUCAGCUCAUUGCAGCUCAGUGCUCUCAAACUUGUUAGAACUAUAUUUUCUCGUUACGAGAAGCACAGAGACCUUAUAAUAGAGGACAUAUUUGCCUCGUUAGGGAGACUACCCACCACGAAGAGAAACCUAAGAAACUUUCGUUUAUCUAAUGGUCAGAGUAUCCAGAUGGUAACGGCACUGCUCCUACAGUUGGUCCAGUGUAUCGUAACUCCUCCGGACUCUAAGUCUUCAGGAGAAGAGGAGAACCAGGACCCUAAGAAAUCCAAAGUGACCAAGAUGUCAAUUGAUGUAGCAAUGAUCGGUAGUUAUGAAAUGGCCAUGAAGAUCAGCUCAAAAUUCCUCUUAACAUUAAUGAAAAAGUGUUGUGGUCCUAAAGUUGACGAGGACUUUAGACCUCUAUUCGAUAAUUUCGUUCAAGAUCUCCUCACGACCCUCUCCCUCCCUGAAUGGCCUGCGUCAGAAUCACUCCUCAUGCUCCUCGGGAUGCAACUGAUCCAGGCGUCCAGUGAUCGUAGUAAUGAGCUCCAGUUGAGACUCACGUCAUUGGAACAUUUAGGAUCCAUUGCCUCUAGACUGAGGAAGGACUCCAUUAGUUCAAUUGAUGAGUCGUCACAUGAAAUGUUGAUUGACAUAUUAUCAGAAAUAAUGCAGAAGAAGUUGGAUGGAAUAUCUCCUCUACCAUCCCCAACUGGACUAAAUAGAAUGGAUGCUUUCUCAGAAAAUGCUAGACACUUACAAAAGACGUUGAUAGCUUAUCUAACACAUAAGACUCAGAGUGAUCCAUCCUCUGCAUAUGCUAAAGGGUUUUAUGUUGGUCUCUGGUUGCACGACAAUCAAAAUGAGUUGGAGAGGAUCCUAAAGUCAGCCGGUUCAUCAUCGUCUCUCCUCUUACCAGGAGAGGAAGAGAGAGAGGCAGAGUUAGACAUGACAGGGAAAGCUGUUCACCAAGCCGAGAAGAACAGAGACUUCUUAAUCAGCUUAUUACAACCAAUGUCUUCUGCAGUACUGAGUCAAUUAUCCAGUAUAUUAGACGAACAGAAAUCAAUUCUAGUCACUCGAUAUUUAUCAAGUGAAAAAACUUUCAGCAAAACCUUCGACCUCUACUUAGCCAGUCUAUUAAAAAUUUUAAAUGAGCCGUCUGUGCAUGUAAGAACCAAAGCAAUGAAAGCUCUUUCGGCCAUUGUCACGUCAGAUCCGGACAUUCUAUCAAAACCGGAUUUAAAGAGAGCCGUCCAGAGCAGGUUUUCUGAUAGCUCAACUUUAGUGAGGGAAGCAGCUGUGGAGUUGAUUGGACGAUUUGUACUGGUGCAACCAAAACUGACAGAACAGUACUACGAAAUGUUAAUGAUUAGAAUACGGGAUUCUGGUGUGAGCGUCCGUAAGAGAGUUAUCAAGAUAUUGAAGGACAUUUGUGUGAAUCAACCUGACUUUGAUAAAGUGACUGAGAUCUGUGUUCAAAUUCUGCGAAGAAUACUGGAUGAAGAAGGAAUAAAACAAUUGGUUACUGUUAUCUUCUAUCAGUUGUGGUUCACCUCUCCAACUACUGAGCAAACAGAUCAACAGGAAACACUAGCUAAAAGAGUCAAUGAUAUCACAUCAGUGAUAUCCAAAUCUACUACUGAACAAGAAUGCUUUGAACUCUUACUACAAGAACUUAUAAAGAAUACGGAGUUGAUGCCUUCAGUAUUAUCAAUGUCACGUCUGCUGGUAGACAGACUAAUAGAACAAUUACUAUCACUUGAUGAAAUAUCAGAGCAUAAGACGUCCACAGGUCUGGUUAGCUGUGUGACGGCACUUUAUUUAUUUUCAAAGAUCCGACCGUCAUUCCUAGUACCUCAUGCUAAAACCCUCCUACCAUAUUUAUCAUCAAAGUGUUCUACAGAAGAGGAUAUAUCACUAGUGACUAACACUGUUAUGAUACUGGAGUCAGUUGUGCCAUUAUUGGUAAGACCUUCAGACUCGUUCCUUUCAUCGCUACAAGAGGAGCUGAUCAAACACAUCAUGGUACAGGGACCACUGAUAGUACAGUCUUGUGUUAGUUGUUUAUCAGUUGUUGUCAAUAAGGUGUCCAAGAACUACAAACUCGUUGAUCAGUGCUACAAGAAAUUCUACAAUUAUCUUCAAAAAUUCCAAGAGCAGUAUAAGAGGGAUCCCAGUAUAGGACAGAAAUACAAGCAGUCCAUUCUUCGGUCGCUCUACUCCCUCGGUCUCUUCUCUAAGAACUUUGACGUCGAUAGGAUAACUGGUACUAACAAUAAUGACACAGGAAAUGAAGAAAGUUCAAAGUUGUAUUCGAAUUUCAUUUAUUUUUGUGAAUAUAAUGAUCCUGAAAUUCAAAAAAGAGCUUUAUUUGCACUAGGUCAUCUUUGUAUUCGUCGCCCCCAAUACAUGCUAAGAGACGAAGCAAAGAAACUUUAUUUUAAAUACCUCUCACCUGAAGCACCUUUAAAAAUCAAAUAUCAAGUUAUUUUUAAUAUUAAGUCACAUUUAAUUGAGAUUGAGUCUACCCUGAAAGCAGCCGAUGCCCAAAGACUGAACCAAUCCGAAGAUGAUACUAACUUGUUAGAAAUUGGCGACCAGCAGUCAAGUGUCAGCAGUAACAUAGCACAGAUGUACCUCACUUCAAUACUAGAUGCCCACUACACUACAGACCCAUCAAUAAGACUGCUAACCACACAGACUAUACUAGUAAUACUGAGACAAGGGCUGGUUCAUCCAGGGCAGUGUGUCCCCUAUCUCAUUGCUCUUAGCACUGACCCUGAGGCCAAAGUGAGGAAUAUCGUGGAACCACAGCUACUGGAACAUAGCACUAGAUAUGGUGGAUUUAUGCAAACUCACCUAACUCUUGGCAUAAAGAAAGCUUACCAGUUUCAAUUACUCACAUCAUCAUUGGUUGCUAGAGGUUAUUCCGAUCAGUCCGGCAGCUCUCUCCUCUCAUAUUUGUAUUCUCUCGUUCGUUCAAGUAAGCCUCAGCGGCGUGGGUUCUUGCAAGCCGUCCUGAGACCUUUUGAAGACUAUGAGACCAACUCGCUAGGCCUCCUCCUCUUCCUUGCCGAUAAUCUGGGGACUUUCCCUUACUUGGUUUUUGAGGAGCCCCUGUUUGUUAUGCACAAUGUUGAUAUAACGAUAUCAGUUACUGGAGCUAGUGUAUUACAGGCAUUCAGAGAGGCAUUAGGACAGUCAGGAUUAGCUGCUGCUGAUGACAGAGAAGAUGAUUCAGAGCAAGAAGAGGACAUUGAACAAUUGUCACAAAACAGUUAUGAUCUAAAGCAGUUAAAUGACUGCUGCAGGUCUUCAUUGGGUUGUAUACUGCUGCUGUUACUGAAGCAGCACCUUAGGCAGGUCUAUGCACUCAGCGAUAAGAAGUGUCAAGAGUAUACUCCAACUGACAGUAACAAGGUCUGGGAGAAGGCAGUCUCUCGGAGACAAGGUAUUCUGUAUGAGCCUCAGGCAGUAGUCAAUGCUGUUGAGAAGGACAGGAGAGGAGAGAAGACUCAACUGGGGAAAGAGGAAUGCUUGAAACUUUACUUACAUUUCAAGAGGCUAAUGAACAGACUUGAUCCAUUUGAUGCUACCGAUGAUGAUGAUAAUGUUGAAUAUAUUGAAUUACCACCUCCUGGUUCUAGUACAUCCCUACCACCGCCAAUAAUCUUACCUCCUCCAAAUCAAGAUAAAUUAUUAGUACCCCAUAGCAGUGUUCAUCCAGCAAUGAAGCAAGGGAGUAGAUCAAGGACUUCAUCAACCAGUUCCACCAGGAGUGGAACUCCAGCAUUGAAAAGAAAUAAAGAAAAGAAAUCUAAAUCAGCUAAAAAGAAAAAGAAAAUAAUGAGAGUAUUAUCAGAUGAUUCAGAUUCAGGCAAUGAGUGGUCAUGACAUUAUUGAACCACUUCAUACAGGAACUAUGACUUCAUAUUAUUAUUAUUAUUAUUAUUAUUAUUAUUAUUAUUAUUAUUAUUAUUAUUAUUCCAAUUGAUUAUGCAGUUAAUCACUCAUUUAUUCAUUCAAUGAUUUUUCCUAGCUAUCUCUCUCUGUAUGACAUUAUAUAACAUCUCUCAGUCUCUCUUCUCUCUCUCUUAUUUAUAUCAUUGUGUUAAUUCAUUUCCCUAUGAUGAUUAUAAAACAUA